AUGCAAGAUAGUGUAGAGUCUAGAGGCGGUGUCAAAUGUCGCAUACCACAAAGGCUUCCACCGAAUAGGACAAAAACAGCGCUCAUCAGAACAAAAACUCAGAACAAUGAUACGCUUCCACGCCCGAAGUCCGCCAAUAGAGCAAAAGAUGAUACUGUCAGCAGGCAACCUCUCGCCGUUACACAUCGUACAAUGCGGUUCGAAAAGGAUAGGUUACAAAGACCGUCAACUAUACCAAAAAGAGUAAACGAGACUGUUAUAAACAAGACCAGACAAAUUAUUACAGUUCCCGUUGCUGCGAAGGCACAUGGAAGGACAAGUAAUAAGAACGCCCAUGACCUUCCAGACCAGGAAACAAUAAAAAAAUGUGAAGAGUUAGAAGUACGUCAAAGUGAAUUCGGUUAUGGGGAUGACUUAGAAUCAAUAACAUCUCCCAGCGACAGGGCCAUGCAAUUAAAAAUAAAAUGGGAAGAAAAACUUAUUCAUUUUGAGAAGUUAAAAUCUGAACUAGUGGGACGACAGAGAUAUCUUUUGGAAGUGUACGCAUGUCUGAGAGACAUCCACCAAAAGAUGUCAGUGUUUGGUCAAAAAGCAAUACUGCCUCCAGCUGACGACCUGCGAAUCAUGAACGUGUCCAAUUUGUCUCCGGGACAGCUGCUGCAGCUAUGUGCUAAUUCUGAUGGACAGGUCCAAGAGCAAGACGUACAACGAUUAGCUCAAACCCCACUACUAAAUGUAAAUAAAUUAUACAAUUUGCCCUCUAAACUAGUGACAAAUUGUGAACAGACUUUGACAAAGAGAAAAGAAAUUAUUGAUUGGUUCGAGACUCUCAGAAGACAAGAAAAGUGUAUAAGUAUGAGCAAACUUUCAAAGAAAUUGAACGAGUUUAAUGCAGAAAAUGAGAUGCUUUCUUGCAACUUAAAUCAAAUAAAAACUGAGUUCUAUAAUGAACUCAAUGAAAUUGUGGAUAUCAUAAGGAAAAGCAUGAAUGAGACAAUAGCUUUGCAACUUCGGGCAGAGGAAUGGAUCUGUGCACUGUCGGAGAUGAAUGCGAAGAACGAGGAACUGAGGAAACAAUUACAAACUGCCGAUCAUCUCAAGUCUCAGCACAAUAAAUAUAGAGUCGAAGAGUUAGAGAAGGAAUUGAAAGAGGAAAAAUGUAAGAAGAUGGUGAUGAGAGAAAGAUUGUUAAGAGCGGAGGGCCAGGUGAAGAUUAACAUAGAAAGGGCGUCCCAACUAGAGGCCACGUUAGAGCAAUCCCGGGCGCAAAAUAGAACACUCGAGAGGAAAGUACAGCACUUGCACGAGCAGAACCAAAAGGUACAAGCUGAUUUUGAUAAAGAAUUAAGCAAAUUGACAGAAUCGAUUAAAGAGAACACUGCCCAUUUAGAGGAUAUAGCAGACGCUCGUGGAAAGCUUCAGGCGGAAAAAGAACAAUUAGAAAAGCGUAUUGAAGAAUUGUCCGCUUAUUAUAAUGAAUCGCUAGAAAAUUUGAAAAGUGAAAUGAAUACCAAUGUGAUUAAAUUGAUUGAGACGAAUGAAAGAUACCAGCUGGAGAUUAAUGAAAAGAAAAAGUUAGAAGACAAGAUAUCAUCAUUAUGUGCUCAGCUGCUUGAAUCUGAAUUGAAAUGCAAAGACUUACAGAAAAAGAUACAAGAUAAUGAAGAAAUGUCAAGUAAUGCUCAUAACUGGCAGGAAGAAUUAGAAUCUACACAAGUCGCUCUCCAUAUUGCGAAACAUGAAAUUGAAGAUUACCAUAACAAGCUUGAGACAUAUAACGAAAGGAUAAAGGAAUUAGAGCAAAUGAAUAACGAAUCACAACUUUUGCAAGAGAGUUUGAAAAGUGAUUUAAUCUCCAAAGAAGAAUGUAUUAAGGAAUUACAACAAAAUAAAAUACAAUUGGAACAACAGAUAAGUGACAAGCAGUAUAAACUGAAUUCGUAUGAAGAACAACUUGCAGCUUUAAGAAAUCAGCUUAGUCGUUUACAAGAAGAUUUUGGCGAUUUUGAAAAUAUUAGUGAUUUAUGUGAAAUGGUCAAUCAACAAAAGGAAAAAUUGCUAGAAGCAAGUCGCCAAAAAGAGGAAUUGGUACAACUUUUGCAAAAUAAAGAUUUGGAAUUGGAACGCCAAACGGAAAACCUUGCGCAAAAAGAUUUGCUAUUGGAGAAGAAGAAUGAUAUAAUAAAGAUGCUGUCGGGUCAAGAUGAUGAACAGGCGAAAAUCAUUAAUAUGUUACGAAAUAAUCUUGAAUUAAGAACUCACGCCGAUUCUGAACUCAAGCAACAACUUGUAAAAAAGAAUACAGAAAUAGACAAGCUUAUAACUUCAUUAGAAACAAGAAAACAACAAAUAACAGAAUUCGAAAAAAUAAUAGUUACUCUAGAAGACCAAAGACACAAAGCUAAUGUUCAAAUAUCACAACUGGAAACUAUUAUUUUAUCUUUAGAAGAUCAGUCACAAAAAGUCAAUGCACAAAAAAGAAAAGAUCAGGAAAAAAUUGCUGUAUUGGAAAGUAAAAUUCAAGAAUAUGAAUCAUUUUAUAUCAGCAAAAAACGUCAGCAGGACAUAGAUGCCCCCUCAGACAACUUAGAUAAUUUAAUAAAAAUUCUUGAGAAUGAACUCGGCAUGCCUAUAGAAACACAUUCAAAUUUACAAGACAGGGAAUAUAUGCGAAACAUAAAUAAUUGCAUUGACCGUAAAAAUCGAAACACAUACGAAAGAGUUGAUGGAGAACCUCCACUUUAUACAGAAAAUAUAUCUGUACCUACAAACACAGUUAUUCGACAUUUUGGUAAACACGCCCCACAUUUAGCCUCAAAUGCAGAUGAAUACGUUGGCGACAACCUUGAUCGUAAAAAAGCCAUCACCAGUAUAGAAACACAAAAAGAAAUUGGUGUGAAAGUUUAUGGAAAGUCGCCUGUAGAUAAGGAUUUUAAACCUUUCAAGGGUGCUAUGCCAGAAAUAUCUCCUAAAGUAAAUAUUUUAUCUAGAAACUUAGGAUUAUUUUCCCAUGAUAAACUCCAAGAAGACAAGAAAUAUAAAAUGUUCAAAUUAGCUGGACAUAGACUUUGA